GAAUCUUUAAAAUUCAUUGAUUCAAUUUAUAUGUUUCUUACAAGUUUUUUAUUCUUUUAUAUUAUUCCUCCUUUUAUUAGACAUAAUUUUCCUUUUAUUAAAUCAAUACAUAAAAAAUAUGAAGAUAAUGUUGAAUGGUUAGAUACUGAAUUUGAAAAAGUUAUUAAGAAAAGAAAGCAAGAGAUUGAAAAUAGUCCUGUUGAUCAACCAUUAGAACAUAAUAUAUUAAAUUUAUUAAUAACGAUAAAUACUGAACGUGAUAUUAAUAAAAUUUCUGGUAUUGAUUAUAUGAGACCAAUGAAUGAUGUGGAAAUUCGUGAUACCAUAAAAGAAAUUUUUAGCGCUGGAGCAGAUACCACUAGAAAUUCACUGUGUUUCAUCAUUUAUUAUAUCCUUAAAUAUCCUGAAGUUAAGGAUAAAUUAAUCAAGGAAUAUGAAUCAAUUUAUGGUGAUUUAACAAAAAAACCAAAUAUAACUAAUGAAUCACUUGAUAAAUUAGUUUAUACGGAAGCUGUUAUUAGUGAAGUUGCCCGUCUUAAACCUGCGGUACCAGUAUUUUUGCGUGCUACUAGUCUUGAUACUGAAAUUGGUGGUUAUAAAAUUAAAAAAGGUACCCAAAUUUUUACGAAUUAUAUUGGAGUUCAUAUGCAUGAAGAUCAUUGGAAUGAACCCGAGAAAUUCAAUCCAGAUAGAUUCUUAAAUGAUAAUAUUGUUAAAAAUUCUCUUUUAAAUUUUGGUGGUGGUAUUCGUAUAUGUCCAGGAAGACAUUGGGCUAUUAAGAAUCUUAAAAUUUUAUUAAUUAGAUUAUUAACAAAAUUUGAUAUGACUUUAGUAGAUCCCGAUUCUCCAUUAAAAUCGGAAUUUAAAAGCGUAGAACAUUGUAAUGAAUUAGAAAUUUAUGUUAAAGAGAGAGAAUGAUAAAUGCCUAAUGGCUUAUUAUAUAGUUAUAUAUUUAUUUAUAUGUAUUAUUUAUUUAUUAUUUAUUUAUUCUUUGUAACGCAAUAUUAAUAAAUUUUGAAAUAU